AUGGUGGUUUCUGGUGUGCCGCAAGGUAGCCUCGUCUGGCCCGGGGGCGGUGAAAUGGAGGAGGGCGAGAUGGAAGUAAUCGUCGUACUGGAACUCUCCUGCCCUGAAGGCGAGUCAGACGACUUCCAGGGCUGCCAGGUCAUCGAGGAGGUCCGCUGGCGACAGCAAGGCUCCAAGAGUCGGUGUUCCUCGAGGUUCUGGGUCAUGGCUUGA